GUAGGUUCCACAAUGGUACAGGCAGCGUCACGCUGCACAAUGGUUUCCAGGCAGUGAAAGAGGGUGAUUCAGCAAGCCACUCUUCUUCUUUAAAACCUGCUCUUCUCUUUUCAUUUUUAUGGGGGUGGGUGGUUCUUGUUAUAUGCUUACCUUUUUCUUUUCUUUUUUCAUUUUUACUAUUUUCCUGUUUUCUCCUCACCCCUCAAUUCCUAGGGGCUUGAGUGACUCUAAGAUUGGGUUUUCUUGGAAAUCACCUGUCCAUCAAUUUUAAACAAUUUGCCCACCUCCAAAGCAUCUGUUCCUUAUCACAGUUUGGAAUGUGGUUAAUGGAAAACAAGUAGGGAGGAUUUCUGGGGCAAACACUGCUGGAUCAGGACCGUAGUUUUCAAGCACGGAAUGGCUAGUGUGAGACACACCAAUGGCAGGAUCAUCUCAGAUCUUCGUUAUGGCAACUCAUGCAAGAAGCUGUUGAAUUAGACCCAUUUCCUGUAGAUGAGAAACCAUACAAGCAGUGGUAUUUAUGAGCCUCCAUUUAUUGUACUACUGCAGUGAACCAACUUUGGAUGUGAAAAUUGCCUUUUGUCAGGUGUGUGUUCCUUACAGGUAAAACAAGGGAUUCGAUAAACAAGUGGAUGUGUCAUAUAUUGCCAAACAUUACAACAUGAGCAAAAGCAAAGUUGACAACCAGUUCUACAGUGUGGAAGUGGGAGACUCAACCUUCACGGUUCUCAAGCGCUACCAGAAUCUAAAGCCUAUUGGCUCUGGGGCUCAGGGAAUAGUGUGUGCUGCGUAUGAUGCUGUCCUUGAUAGAAAUGUGGCCAUUAAGAAGCUUAGCAGACCAUUUCAGAACCAAACACAUGCCAAGAGAGCUUACCGGGAACUGGUCCUCAUGAAGUGUGUGAACCAUAAAAAUAUUAUUAGUUUAUUAAAUGUCUUCACACCCCAGAAAACGCUGGAGGAAUUCCAAGAUGUUUACUUAGUAAUGGAACUGAUGGAUGCCAACUUGUGUCAGGUGAUUCAGAUGGAAUUAGACCACGAGCGAAUGUCUUACCUUCUAUACCAAAUGUUGUGUGGCAUCAAGCACCUUCACUCUGCUGGAAUUAUUCACAGGGAUUUAAAACCAAGUAACAUUGUAGUCAAGUCUGAUUGUACAUUGAAAAUCCUCGACUUUGGACUGGCCAGGACGGCAGGCACAAGCUUCAUGAUGACUCCUUAUGUGGUGACACGUUAUUACAGAGCCCCCGAGGUCAUCCUGGGAAUGGGCUACAAGGAGAACGUGGAUAUAUGGUCUGUGGGAUGCAUUAUGGGAGAAAUGGUUCGCCACAAAAUCCUCUUUCCAGGAAGGGACUAUAUUGACCAAUGGAACAAGGUAAUUGAACAACUAGGUACACCAUGUCCGGAAUUCAUGAAGAAAUUGCAACCUACAGUAAGAAACUAUGUGGAGAAUCGGCCCAAGUAUGCCGGACUCACCUUCCCCAAGCUCUUUCCAGAUUCCCUCUUCCCAGCGGAUUCUGAGCACAAUAAACUCAAAGCCAGCCAAGCCAGGGACUUGUUGUCAAAGAUGCUAGUGAUUGACCCAGCCAAAAGGAUAUCAGUGGACGACGCCUUACAGCAUCCAUACAUCAACGUCUGGUAUGACCCUGCCGAAGUGGAGGCGCCUCCACCUCAGAUAUAUGACAAACAGUUGGAUGAAAGAGAACACACCAUUGAAGAAUGGAAAGAACUUAUCUACAAGGAAGUAAUGAAUUCUGAAGAAAAGACUAAAAAUGGUGUCGUAAAAGGACAACCUUCUCCUUCAGCACAGGUGCAGCAGUGAACAGCAGUGAGAGUCUCCCCCCAUCUUCGUCCGUCAAUGACAUCUCCUCCAUGUCCACCGACCAGACCCUGGCAUCUGACACUGACAGCAGCCUGGAAGCCUCGGCAGGACCCCUGGGUUGUUGCAGGUGACUAGCCGCCUGCCUGCGAAACCCAGCGUUCUUCAGGAGAUGAUGUGAUGGCAGUCACACACACACACAGACACACACAGACACACACAGACACACACACACGCACACACACGCACAGACACUCAUGCGCACACCGAGACACGCAAUGACAAGAAAACAGCAAGGGAGAGAAUCCACGCCUAAAAUUGAAACAAAUCUUUCAGCCUGCUUCUUCUCCAGAGUUCUGUAUUGCAGCUAAGCCAAAUGUAUAUUUAACUUCUAGUUGCUCUUGCUUUGGUCUUCUUCCAACAAUGCUUACUACAGAAAGCAAAUCAAAUACAAUUAGAGAAGCCUUUUCCAUAAAGUAUAAUUUUAAUGGCUGCAAACACAACAACCUGUAACUGCCCUUUCAAAUGGCAUGACAAGGUGUGCAGUGGCCCCAUCCAGCAUGUGUGUGUCUCUAUCUUGCAUCUACCUGCUCCUUUUGGCCUAGUCAGAUGGAUGUAGAUACAGAUCCGCAUGUGUCUGUAUUCACACAGAACUACUAACCUAGAGAUGCUACUGUCAGUGUCCUCAGGGCUCCACCAAGGCGUCAUGCACUGGGGUACCACAUGGUCCAUUUCCUGUGAUCUCUUACUCUGACAUAAACCCAUCUGUAAUAUAGUGCCAGUAUAUAAGCUGUUUAGUUUGUUAAUUGAUUAAGCUGUAUGUCUUAUAAGAAAACAUGUAAAGGGGGAAAAUAUGGGGGGAGUGAGCUCUCUCGGACCCUUGAAGAUGUAGCUUCCAAAUUUGAACUGAUUAAAUGGCACCUGUAUACCAAUUUGUAGAAAGAACCUAUGUGAUGCUUUGAUGCUUAUGUACAAUGUGGGGGCGGGAGGGGGUAACAGUUUCCAGGCAUUAAAUGGUUUGGCCUUCAGAAGGAAGGUGGGACAGGGAGGGGGUAGGACUGAUGAGAGAGUAGUGUUGCAGUGUGGAAGAGGACGUAAAGGAGCUUAUUGCCUGACUGCUAGGGGACACCGACAUCCGUAUUUUAGAGAGUUGACUCCAAUUGUCAUUUACAAAUUAUGUGUCACAACUGGGCAGAGAAUGGCAAGUGAGGCAGGGCUAUUGUGUACAUAUCCGAUGGUAAGACUUGUUCCUUGGAACAGGGUGGUAUGCUUCUGUGUCACGUCCUUAACAGAAAAUGAGCCUACUGAGACUGUCUUCUGACUGUGGGUCGUGUUUUGCAUGAGUGUGCUACUUCCCAGGUUCAUACCCUGCCAAGGUUUUAUUUUAAGAAGAAAUAUAUUGCUUCCCUCUUCUGGAAUUAAAAUAAAUAAAUAAAAUUUAAAAAGAUAAACUAAAAA